AUGGGUUAAUAAAUUAUUGGAAAAUGUAAAUAAUGUGGUCCUUAAAAUGAAGAUAUAUUACCAUAGAUGGAAUUUUAAAAAGAAAUCAAAAGUGAAGUCAUCAAAAACUUAAAAUAAAAGUUACAUGAAUUUGAAUCCUAUUCAAUAUAAAAAUUAACUACAUAUAGUUUAAAAUAUGAUGGAUUGUUUAGAAAGGAGGAUAUAAAAAAAGAGAAGGUAUACAAUUUAUUAAUAAGGUAAUAGAUUCGCUGGGUUUAGUUAAGCCAAUAGAUAUUGAGAAAAUAAAGUAAUUAAAUGAAGAAGUAGGGAUCAAAUUUUACUGUGGUAUUAGUUUAGGAGAUCCAAUCAAUAUUGGAUUUAAGACUAUAAAUGGAUCCUAAAUUGAAUUAAAUUAAUAUGGAUACACUUUAGUUAGAUUAUGGAGAAUGGGGGAAAUGAUGAUGAAUUUUUAAUCUUGUAUAUAGAUAGAGGGCAUCAAAUUAAUUGGAUUAGUGAGAGGAGAUAUUGAGACAUAUAAAAAGAUAAUCAUGAAUAUUGGAUGGGAAGAAUAUGAUCACAUUAUUCUUGAAGAUGACAACAUUCUAGAUUUAUAAUAUGAUGAAUAGACUCAUCAAAUUAAUCACAACUCUAUGUUAAGUGCAUUAUUACUUUAUGAUGGAUAAGUGAUUUAUAAGCACUAUAUUGAUAAAUUAUAAUUCCAAAGUGAUUAUAAUAUUGUCAAAAAAGAUGUUUUAGAAAUUAUUGAAAAUGGUGUAAAAUAAGCUAAUCAAAUUAAUGUUAUUACUAAUAUCUCAUUCAUAAAAUAAUAAGAAUAUAUUAAAUUGAAAUAGUUUAUAAUGAAUUAAAAAAAGUAAUCUUUUAGUAGAGAUGUUGAAGUAACAAUAAAAAAGAAAACUAUUUAUUAUAAGGAAGAUAAGUAAGUUUAUUAUGAUCAACCAAUUAUUUAUAUAAAUAGUUCUCCUAAAUCUUUUUCAAUUUCUGAUAAAUUUGCUAAUUAAUUAGGUAAAAAGAAUCUCAAAUGGGAUUCUAAAUUACUUAAAGCUAAAAUUAAUGAAAAAAUUAAAGAAUUUUCACUUAAUGUUUAAAUUGCCUUAUAAAAAGACAUUAUCAUAUCUAUUACAAAAGAAUAUUGUGAAAUAAAAGUUCAUCAUUGGGAAGAUGGAAUCUUAGUUCCUUAUUAUAAAAGUUUGGAUUAUAUUUCAUAAAUUAAAUUAUGGAUUACAGCUACUGAAACUAUUAGAUAUGAACCUAAUGAAGAUCCUGUACUUGAUCGAAUAAGUGAUUUAGUAGCUAAAUUAUUUUAAACUAUACCAAAAGUUGAUAAAGUACUUGGAACUAAAUAUGCUAAUAUACCAUUUGUAGAGAAAUGGAAACCACCAUAUGAAGAAUUGGAUCCUCAUCCAAAAAAUCUAGAAAUUCAUAGGAAAUCUGAUAAAAUUUUAUUGAUUUGGUUAUUUGAUUAUGAAAUUGAUGAAAAUAUUGAGAAAUUAAAAGAAUUGAUAAAAAUAAAAAAAAAUAAUCCUUAAUUUGGUUUAUAAAUAGCAAUAUUAGGUUAUAUAAAAUUUACAACAUGGACUAGUAAAUUUUAAGCAUUUUUAGAUAAAUGUGAAUUAACUAGAUCAAUAUUGGAUAAUACAAUAGAGACUUGGUUUCCUUAAGAAGAAUAAAUGGGAAGAUUUAGAUUUAAUAUAAUACUCUAAAGAAUAUAUGGAUUAAUGUUAGAUAAAUAAGACAUGAUGAUUAUUGAUUCAAAAGGGAUUGUAAGAUUAAUUGAUAAUAGUACUUAAUUAAUUAGUAAUUUGACUUAAGAGAUUGAUAAAUUAAAUGAGAAAGUAAAAGUGACUGUUAAAAAUUAUAAUUAUUGGAGAUAAUAUUAGAACUUAAAGAAAUGUAUAAGAGAAAAUCCUUAAUUAGCAGAAAUAGUAAAAAAAAUUUAAGAGAAAGGAAUAGUAGAAGAGAGUAAAGUACUUAUAGAAUAAAUGAAAGAUAAAGUUUGGACAUUUGAGAAUGGAUAGAUAAAAGAAGAAAAAUGGCAUGAAUAACCUACAAGAAUAUUGAGAAAUAUAUAAGAUUUUACUGAUAUUAAUGAGAUGGCCAGAAUUAUUGCAAAAUACAUUGAUAAUAAUGAUAUUUGUGCAUUGAAAUGA